AUGGCUCCGACGUGGAAAUGGACGGGUGGAUUCGUGAAUGCCUUCUAUGCUCAGUGGCAAGCAUAUCGGACCCAUGGCCUGAAAAAGACAAUGUAUCAGAUGCUCAUCAUGGACUAUGCAAGAGCUGGCACUCUGGUUGGCAAAGAUUCAUUCGGAAACGAAUACUAUGAAGACAAGAAUGACGUGGCUGGUCGAGACAGAUGGGUCAUGUACGCGAAAUGGAAUUACGAUCCUACUCAAAUACCCCCUGAAUGGCAUCAAUGGAUGCAACAUGUAAUCGACGAAACACCAACCAAAGUUCCACCGAUCGAGCCCAUCUACAGACAACCAUACAGUGAAAGCUUGACUGGUACCACUUCUGCAUUCAAAACGUAUUCUACCACUACCCAGAAGAUUCAUUCUUGGCAGCCAAGUGUGAAACCACGAGCAACAGUCUAA